CCUGUUGUCACGGCAACAGUUAACAACAACACUACCUGAGCCGAACCUGGAGACGGACGAGGAGAGACUCUGGAUCCAGGGACACAUUCAACACAGAGCGGGUUCUGGGUACAAUAAAAUCACUUCAGUGCGUUCAAAUAAAUCAAGAAGAAGAUCAAGUUUCAGUCCGGGGUCACAAUGAGUCAACGACAGAUCAUUCAAGCUUUCGAGCAGUAUCAGAAAUCCAGGAUGCAGUUCGUGCAAACUGUCGCUGAUCUAGCAUCCAGACCCCAAAACUUAGAGAUCCUCCAGAACGCGGGUGUGAUGUCCCUGCUGCGGCCCCUCAUGCUGGAUGUGGUCCCCAGCAUCCAGCAGACCGCGGCUCUGGCCCUGGGCCGCCUGGCUGAUCACAGUGACGAGUUGGCUGAGGCCGUGGUGAAGGAGGACAUCCUGCCUCAGCUGGUCCAGUCUCUGGUCUCACAGGACAGGUUCUACAAGAAGGCAGCAGCUUUUGUGCUGCGUGCGGUGGCCAAACACUCCCCCGAGCUGUCCCAGGCUGUGGUGGCCUGUGGGGGGGUGGACGCCCUGGUGCUCUGCUUGGAGGAGUUUGACCCAGGGGCGAAGGAGGCGGCUGCCUGGGCCCUUGGCUUCAUCGCACGACACAACGCAUCAUUGUCUCAGUCCGUGGUGGAUGCGGGUGCUGUCCCCCUCCUGGUGUUGUGUCUCCUGGAGCCCGAGCUGGCUGUCAAACGCAUCGCAGCCUCCACCCUCAGUGACAUCUGCAAACACACUCCAGAGCUGGCUCAGACUGUGGUGGAGAGCGGAGCCAUCGCUCACCUGGCUCAGAUGAUCCUGAACCCUGACGCCAAACUCAAGCGGCAGGUGUUCUCCGCCCUCAGUCAGAUCAGUAAACACUCCGUCAGUCUGGCAGAGAUGGUGAUCGAGGCGGAGAUCUUCCCCGCCGCCGUGGUCUGCCUCAGAGAUAAGGAUGAGUAUGUGAGGAAGAACGUCUGCACGCUGAUGAGGGAGGUGGUCAAACACACACCUGAGCUGUCACAGGUGAUCGUGAACUGUGGAGGCAUGGCAGCAGUGAUUGACUACCUGGGGAACUGCCAUGGAAACCUGCGGUUGCCGGGGAUCAUGAUGCUGGGAUAUGUUGCUGCUCACAGUGAGAACCUCGCCAUGGUGGUCAUUCUCUCCAAGGGGGUGCCACAGCUGUCCCUGUGUCUGUCCGAGGAGACUGAGCAUCACAUCAAGGCGGCUACAGUCUGGUCCAUCGGUCAGAUCGGUCAUCACACCCCUGAGCACGCCAAGGCCGUCGCUACAGCCAACCUGCUGCCCAAACUGCUGGAGCUGUACAUGGACGCCAGCAGCUCUGAGGACCUGCAGGUCAAAAGUAAGAAAGCUCUGAAGAGCGUCCUGCAGAAGUGCACCUACCUGCCUGGACUGGAGCCGCUCCUCUACGAAGCUCCAAGCAACAUCCUCAAACACAUCGUCUGCCAGUUAAGCAAGGUGCUGCUUCAUGACAACAAAGCUCGCCGCCUGUUUGUGACCAGCGGCGGUCUGAAGAAGGUCCAGGAGAUUGAGGCUGAGCCCGGCUCUGUGCUGCAGGAGCACAUCAACGCCAUCAACAGCUGCUUCCCUGAGGAGAUAGUCAGGUACUACUCCCCUGGAUACUCGGAGGUCCUGCUGGAGCGGUUAGAGAACUACCAGCCGGCCUGACGUCAUCUUAAAUUACACAUCUUGUUUGAUGAUAUCUUCAAGAUGAAUGUGCGUAUGCCUUAUGAGUAAAACACUGUUACAUAAACAUUACUUUCCCAUCAGU